AUGCCACCCCAGAAGCCAUGGUACUACUUGUUGGCUUACAACUUGUACAAAAACAUUGAAGCUAAUUCCUAUGAUCCAAGCUUUAGAAGAUGGUACAGUUAUGAUUUCCUCUCCCUUAACAAAUACAAUUGGCUUAUCUCUUCGUCUUGUGGAUUGGUUUGCUUCAUGGAUUAUGGAAAGGAAAACAAAAUUUACACAAGCAACCCAAUUUUAAGAGAUUGUAAGCAGCUACCAAAUCCUCCAAAUGGAACACUUUCAGAUCACAAUGCAUUGGCUUUGUCAGUGGACAAGUUUUCUCAAUGUUACCAAGUUGCAUUGAUGAAAACCAAGCAAUUUCGAGAUGAUUUUAUUCGUUGGGACUUCACCAUCCAGGUCUUUGAAUCAAAGAGUUGCCUUUGGACAACAUUAGUUAAUGAGGUUUUGGUUGGGUGGAGAGGAGAAAGAGAGAGUGUGAUAUGUGAUGGAAUUCUCUACUGCCUUAUUUCCUCAUUUUAUGGGAGCAAUGUGGAUAGCCAUGGCCUCAUCAUGUACAAUAUCAAUUCGAAAUCUUUGUGCAAUUCUUCGAUGCGAAGAAUGAUUAUGGUGCCAUGUCCCCUCACUUGUUGUCGUUUGAUGAAUCUUAGGGAUAGGUUGGUUAUGGUUGGGGGUAUUGCAAGACUAGAGCUACCUGUGAGAAUCGAAGGAAUUGGCAUCUGGACUCUUAAAGAUGAAGAAUGGGAAGAGGUUGCAAGGAUUCCACGCAAGUUAUUGCAGAGGUUUGGGGAGUUUGAUGAUUUUUUUGCAAGCUGUGGAGCAGAGGAUCUGAUCUUCAUCCACUCAUAUGAUGGCCCUACUCUACUUAUAUUUGAUAUGACCAAAAAGCAAUGGGAAUGGACAACUAAUUGCCCAAUAACAAAACGAUCACCUUUUCAGGUCUUCACAGGAUUCUGUUUUCAACCAAGCUUGGAGAUCAAAUCCUAA